AUGGACGUGUUGAAGCUGGGUUACGAACUGGACCAGCUUUCUGAUCUGGUCGAAGAAAGAACAAGGCUUGUGUCCGUGCUGGGCCUUGCCCCCACGGCGAACGACAAUGUUGCCUUGAAACGGCAAUUGGGCUCCAUCCUGGAGUCGAUGCAGGAGUGUGCGGCUACUGAUGCGCUGGUGUCCCGGUACAAUACCAUCCUGGACAAGAUCCCCGAUCCGGGGUUGGACAGGGAGCUGUACAGGUUCCACAGGCCGGUGGUUGCCGGUGCUGAGGAGGUGUCCAAAGACUCUUUAAAGAAAGUGCGAUUCAAGAACGAUGACGAGCUUACGGUCACCUACAGAGACGACGACGACGAUGACGACGAGCAAGAUGAGGAGCCGUUUCCCUCGACGCAUGCUCCUUACAAGGAUGAACCCUCGCAGCCGCAGCCGCAGCUGCAACCCAUGGUUUCCAACCAGGAACUUUUCAUCGAUCAGCAGCAACAGCUCCUAGAGCAGGACUCCCACUUGGGCACGUUGUCCCAGUCCAUCGGGAGGACCCAUGACAUUUCCAUGGACUUGAAUGACGAGAUCGUCUCGCAGAACGAUACGCUGCUAGUGGAUUUGGAGAACCUCAUCGAUAAUAACGGCCGGAACCUGAAUAGGGCUUCCCGCUCCAUGCAUGGCUUUAACACCUCCCGGUUCAAGGACAACGGGAAUUGCGUCAUCAUCCUCGUACUGAUACUGGUGCUCCUCUUGCUUCUGCUGGUACUAUAA